AGUCGAGCACCGGUCAUGAGCCAACCCACAACAACCCAAGACCACCAUCUACAUACUUGACUCAUCCAAGGAAAUUCAAACAAUCAAGCUAGCUGUUCAUAUAUACCGAACGUGGAAGAUCUAGGGACGGAAAAACUAUAAUCGAGGAUCGAAUAAUUCAUGGCAGAUCGUGGUCGAGGCGGACGUGGAGGGUCAGGAGGGAACAGUCGAGGAAGAGGUGGCGGACGAGCUGGGGGAGAUGACAAGCCGAAACGCGAAGCUAUCCUGGAUUUGGCCAAGUUUGCCGACAAACGGGUUCGCGUCAAGUUCAUGGGAGGUCGAGAGAUUACCGGUAUUCUCAAGGGCUAUGAUCAGCUUCUAAAUCUGGUGAUGGAUGAGGUCGAGGAGAUCCUUCGCGAACCAGAGGGUGCUACCGUCACUUCACCGCCAAAGACAAGAUCACUAGGACUGGCGGUUAUCAGAGGAACUAGUUUGGUGGUCAUAAACCCCGUUGAUGGUUACGAAGAAAUUGCAAAUCCGUUUAUCAAUCAACAGUAACACGAGUCACCAACCUAUGUACAUAACUUCUUGGUUUUUUUUUGUUCCAUCGGUCUACAUGAUAUACAUAUAUUUUUCUCAAGAUUCAUGAAUCAGAAAAAAUUCCAACCUAGUUUAACAAGUUUGAAAGUCUUCAACGAAUUAUAACAAGAAUGGCAAAACUUCAAUUCGUAGAUCCUUGCUUCCUGAUCUCUGUCUUGCUGCGAAUACUCAGGGCCAUUCAUGGGAAGAGUAGCCACAUAGACGAUUAUGUACGAUUUCCAUGGGCGUUCCUGCUCUCACAAGAAAAAUUUGAUUAU